CUUCGGGGUGGUGAAACUGCGGUGGAAUAUGUUGUUAUUAUCCGUUUAAUUUUUUCGAAAGUGAGUCACCUGAACCAGUGUCCCUUUUGCUGUCCCUCCACGAAACCAUACACCGUCUACCACUUCUAGUAAGACUAUGCUUAGUUGGUUAGAUCGCCAAGGGCCAAGCCAGGCCACCCCGACCCUCGGCAACAUUGACCUGAGAAUCCGUGCCCUUACCACGAUCCUGUCAAGGCUCGAUCCUCAAGCUAGCUCUCCUACCAAAGGUCCCUCGUCAAUCGAGUUUAAAGUUGCGAUGCAUAUUGCCACGCUCCUCACUCGUGGUACGGAUAAGAGAGGCAUGAUGGGGCCGAACAUUCGACCCUUCGCAGUCACCACGCGAACGAUGGUGGAUUCCGUGAAUAUCCUUGCGAUGAUUGAUAGAGACGACGGCGAAUAUCCAGACACCCCUGAGAGUGGGCUCUCAAACGAUUUUGUUACCACCCAGAAUCCCAAAUCAGAUGGCCUUAAUUAUGAACUUGGUGUCGCUGAGAUUGAAUCUAAAGAUCUAGACGACGUCCAACGCGACGAACUCUUGAGCAGCGACCGCCCUCCAGAGGAUAUCACUCUGAGUCAGCAUGCAGCAGACGUAAUGUCUUUAUUUAACAAUAUCCGUGCCGUACGGCGAGGUGGAACCGAACACGCCCGUGUCGUUCGACGUAUCACUACAUUCAUCGUUCGGCGAUGCGCAUCGAUCAUCUCCCAUCGACUCCGAUCCGACAAGUUCAUCUUUCAAGAUACGACGUUAGAUAAGAUUCUCCAAGGAUGGAAGCCCAGCGACAGGGACCAUUUUGUGAAGUCCGAGUGUGAAAUACCAAAACGCCUUGUUAUCCUAUUCCAGAAGAGGGGCAUCCAAUGCCGAUGGUCCCGCGGGAAAUAUUUCGCAUCCUGGACGAAGGACAUAGCUCCACUUUGGAUGAAAACAUUUACAUCGUAUCUAUCAUGGUGCAAGGAAUGUUUCAAGCUAGACGGCAAUAAAGUGGCAGGCAACACCACCAAGGGCGCGAUUGCUUUAAAAUUGCUCCAAUUAUUGAUCAAAUCAGAGGGAUUCAAAUAUCUGCUUGAACUGGAUUCUGUCAACGCUAUCCUGGACCGAGAAAUAUUCAAACGUCAGCGAGCUCGCUCCAAUACCGAAAACCCAGAAGGCUCCGCUGAUCCCCAAAGCCAGACUUUCGAUGACACACAUACCGACAAUUUAGAGCUCACUGCUGAGACAGAUGAGGAUUCGGUCGCUCUUACCAUGCGAUACCUUGGUAAUGUCGUUGCGUGGAUCACUGCGACAGAUUUUUUAUUUUCCAGUUCACGUAUACGACGUACCCCGAGGCCUCGUCUCCAUCUCGUGAUCACUGCUCCUCCUGCCGAGCCAAAAGCAAUGGCAAAUGCACUACCAAUCUUCGCAGAUAUAUUGCAAAAAUCUCUUCAAGACCGGGAGGAUCAGUCAAAAGGCCACAACUCCAUUGUGCAUUCAUGGUUCUGGGAAUUUGCUCGGAAGCUUCCAAAGUCCGGGGAGUUUCAUGGCAUGGUCCACUGUGAAGCAUCUCUGAUGGGUGCCAUUGCACAGUACAAUGGCCAAGAUGGCAACAUGCAGAAUACCCGACUUCCAGACAUAUUUCAUGGCACUUCCAAUAAGCCAAGGACAAUUGGAGUUGCUAAAAAAUGUUGUUGGUGCUGCAACAUGCUUGCAACCCUCCUGAACUCAACAGAUAUUCAGUUCAGCCUCCCAGGCUCACAUGGUCAAAUAUCCCCAUGGGCCCUUCCGAGUAUUGGGAUAUCUUCUGAAGUUGCUUGCUCCCUUGAGGAUAAGCUUCAAAAACAACUGUCACUGGCAAUUUGGAAGAUGGUGGACAAACUAAAAUGUGUACCUGACAGCCAGACAAGCAGCCCUGUAGUAUCAGACAAUAGUGAUAAGGUUGAUGAUGAUUGGGAGGAAACAGUCAAGAAACUGGACUGUGAGGUAAGGAAUGGACAGUGAAUGGAUGAUGUGCACUUGUGUGCAUUUCCUUUAUUCAUUAUUCUUUGUUAUACAAGUUGACAGCCUUUGGCUUGAGAACAAUACAAUUCAUUGAUUUCAAAAUACAUUCCUUUUCACCUCCAGACCGCAUUUUUGCACAAUCACUUGAUGACUUUUAAUUCCCUUCACACUUCACAUCAUCCCCUUUCCUGCAGUCACUUGGG